CGCCGGGCUGGAGACGCCUGGCCCGGUCUGGCGCCCGGGUAGGAUCUGACCUCCCCGAGCUGAGAAGGGGCUUCAUCUCCGCCCCAUCGGAAGAGGACCUCCCUGCCUGGCAGCCCCUGAGAGGCUCAGAGGGGUCACCAUGGCGACACCCUUGCUGAUCCUGCUGCUGACCUUCGCCCUGGGAUCUGCUGCACAGGAAGACCAGGGCGACAAGAGUGGGGACAAGAUUAUUGAUGGAGUCCCGUGUCCAAGAGGCUCCCAGCCCUGGCAGGNCCUCUCCCCAUCCGGACCCCAGACCUCUGAUGACACCCCUCCCCAUCCCACAGUGACCUUUCCAGUGCGGCUUAUGUGCACAGACGUCAAGCUCAUCUCUCCCCAAGACUGCAAGAAGGUUUACAAGGACUUGCUGGGAGACUCCAUGCUCUGUGCUGGGAUCCCCAACUCCAGCACCAACGCCUGCAACGGUGACUCAGGGGGACCACUGAUGUGCAAAGGUACCUUGCAAGGCCUGGUGUCCUGGGGAAGUUUCCCUUGUGGCCAACCCAACAACCCAGGUGUCUAUACCCAAGUCUGCAAGUAUGUCGACUGGAUAAAAGAGACCAUGAGAAGAUAUCGUUAAUCUCUCCACUCCCAUCUCUCCAUCCCUACGCGGUGGAACAGGAAAGUCACAGAAAUAGGACCUCAGUGACCUACAGUCCUACUUGAGGCAUGUCAAAACCUCAACAAUAUGUGUGUAAGCCAAUCAAAUCAGACCUAAAAACCAAAACAAAUACAAAACCUUGAUGUUGGUAAGGAUGUAGUGAGACCAGCCCUCUCUCCCACUGAAACUGUAAAUUCAUACAGUUUUUAUGGAAGGUGAUUUGGCAGUGUGAGUGGGGACAUUUGUUUUGUCCUCCACCUUUGACCUAGUAAUUCCUAGUUGUCUACUAAAAAAAAAAUCCAAAAUGUGGGGCAAAGUUUGAAUUUAUCACAAUGUUAUAUUUCAUAACAAAAUAGUGGAAACACCAAAGCUGUCUAGAAACAGUGGAUUGUUCAAACAGUAGGCUGGUUUGAGGCAAGGAUAUUCUGAAGCUGUUAAGGAUAGUAAUUAUGCAGAAUUCUUAGUAUCAUGUGAGGAUGUUUAUGCUAUGUGAUGUUUAAUGAAGGAAGGAAUAUACAGAAAUACAUAUGUAUGUGGUUCUCACUAUGUAAAAUGAAAAUGUUCACAAAAUAAAACCUGAAAGGACGUGUACCAACCUGCA